AUGCGCUGGUUCCCCACCAUCGUCUUCUCCCAUUCUCAUUCAUCCUCGUCACCAUCACCAUCACCAUCAUCGGCACCAUCAUCAACGUCAUCAGCGUCAACGUCAUCUUCGGCGACUCUGAAAUCUUCCCCUUCCACGUCGUCCGUGUCCAACACCAGGAAGAACAGCCGCUCCGCCUGGUUCUUCGGCGGCAGCAGAAGGUCGACGAGCUCCAGGAAGCUCAGCCACGUGGACAACGUAGACGCCGUCGUCAUCGCCCCCUUGUCUCGUUCCACCAGUACCUUCGACCGUUCCUCUACCCCCUCCGCUGGGCCUCAGCCGUUACCCUUGCCCAGAGACGCCGACUACCGUUUACCCUCCACCAAAGAUGCCGCCGAUAAACCCAGCGCCGUCGUCGAUUUUACCCUCCCCGCUGGUUUUCAAAUGCGCAGUGUAUUUGCUAGCGAAGAGACAAGAAAAAAUAUGGAGCACGUGGAGACAAGGUCACCAGGGGUGGUGCCUCAGCAAGACAGGAGCGGUUCUGCAAGUACAAGCACUCAAGGAGAUAACUUCUGGUUGAGUGUCCCUGCAAGAAGUGCUCCAACUAGUCCUUUUGCCAGUCCCAGAAUCAUCCCAAACACUAUCAAAACCGAUGAUUUUGUCCCAUACUAUUAUGUGACACCCAAAGCCAACCAGUUCUGGUCAGCACCAGAGAUGCCAACAUCCGACCCAUCAGCUGGGCACCCACCUCCUGCUUUCUUUGAUUUAUCAGCAUUGCCCACUGAUACCACCCUUUCUCCCCAUCACAGCCCGCGGGGCAAAAGCCCCACCCAACGCCCCAAAAGCCCACCUGUGCAUUCUUCUUCUUCAUGUUCUUCUUCUUCUUCAUCCAUACCCCCCAGGUUAUCACUUGACAUCCCAAUAGGUCGUCGCGAAAGCCUUCCUCCUCACUCAGUUCACCCCUUACCCUUGCCUCCCUGGGCUGGGUCUGGGGCCCUCUUACUUUCACCGUCUGCUACCUUUUCCCCACCUGUUGCUAAGACAGAAUCCUUGCCAAUGAAAAACCAGUGGCAAAAAGGGAAACUUAUUGGCCGAGGUACUUUUGGAACUGUUUUUGUUGCCACCAACAGAAAAACUGGAGCAUUGUGUGCAAUGAAGGAAGCAGAAAUAUUUUCUGAUGAUCCAAAAUCUGAAGAGUGCAUUAGGCAGUUAGAGCAGGAAAUUAAAGUUCUUAGCCAACUAAAACAUCCAAACAUUGUGCAGUAUUUUGGUAGCGAAAUAGUAGAAGACAGGUUCUAUAUCUAUUUGGAAUAUGUACAUCCCGGUUCUAUGAAUAAAUACGUUCGUGAACAUUGUGGUGCAAUAACCGAAUGCGUUCUUCGGAGUUUCACGCGCCAUAUUCUUUCGGGGUUGGCUUACUUGCAUAGCAAAAAAACAAUACAUAGGGACAUCAAAGGAGCUAACUUGCUUGUUGAUUCUGCUGGCGUUGUUAAGCUUGCUGACUUUGGGAUGGCCAAACAUCUAACUGGACACGUUGCAGAUCUUUCUUUGAAGGGAAGUCCAUAUUGGAUGGCUCCAGAGCUUAUGCAAGCGGUUGUGCAAAAAGAUAAUAGCGUUGAACUAGCUUUUGCUGUUGAUAUUUGGAGUUUGGGUUGUACAAUUAUUGAAAUGUUUACGGGAAAGCCUCCCUGGAGUGAAUACGAAGGAGCCGCAGCAAUGUUUAAGGUUAUGAAGGAUACACCUCCUAUACCAGAAAAAUUGUCAGCUGAGGGUAAAGAUUUCUUGAGGCUUUGCUUUAUAAGAAAUCCAGCCGAGCGACCUAGUGCUUCAAUGUUAUUAGAUCAUAGAUUUCUGAAAAACUUACAACAACGAGAUGUUUCAUGUUCCACGCAUCUCUAUAAUGGUACAUCCUUCACGGAUAUCCAUAGUCCCGGAGAGCUAUCUGACAAUAAAGUUGAUCAGAUAUCCAUGUCCAGUGCACAUAUUGCUAAAGGAAAAUUAGCUACUGAGAGGUUCUUUCCAGGGAUUGUCACCAAUGCCCCCUUUGCUCUUGCUGCUAUGACUGUACACAGGGUCUCUUCGAUUUCUUGUGCUGUAACUUUUGUUAAAGUCUUGGUUGCACUAUUGAAGUGUCAACUUAUGGAGUCAUCUGCCUCUAACAAGCUUUCUUUUGUUUCAGUGUUUUGGCUUGUGUUCCUUAGUCCUCUGGUGUGCUGUCAACUUUAUUAUAAUUUCUAUGACUCAACAUGUCCAAACCUGACAGGGAUUAUUCGAUACAGCGUGUUGUCAGCUAUGGCCAAGGACGCAAGGAUUGCUGCUUCUCUCUUGCGCCUUCAUUUUCAUGAUUGUUUCGUCCUUGGAUGUGAUGCAUCGGUGCUACUUGAUGACACGGAUACCCUAAAGGGGGAGAAAAAUGCACUGCCUAAUAAAAAUUCACUCAGAGGAUUUGAAGUCAUUGACACAAUCAAGGCCACCUUGGAGAAGGCUUGUCCCUCCACUGUGUCAUGUGCUGAUAUACUAACUCUAGCAGCAAGAGAAGCUGUUUAUCUUAGCAGAGGUCCAUUUUGGUCUGUGCCUCUGGGUCGUAGAGAUGGUACAACAGCAAGUGAGAGCGAGGCAAAUAACUUGCCAUCACCCUUUGAACCUAUAGAAAACAUUACGGCUAAGUUUAUAUCCAAGGGUCUUGAAAAGAAGGAUGUAGCAGUACUCUCAGGUGCACACACCUUUGGCUUUGCUCAAUGCUUCACAUUCAAGCCAAGGCUCUUCGACUUUGGUGGGUCUGGUAAAUCUGAUCCAGCUCUUGAUGACUCACUUCUACAGAGUUUAAAAAAAGUGUGUCCAAACCAAGCUGAUUCUGACACCAAUUUGGCUCCCUUGGAUCCUGUGACUACUAACACAUUUGAUAACACUUACUACAAAAAUAUUGUGAACAAUUCGGGGUUACUUCAAUCAGACCAGGCUCUGUUGGGUGACAACACAACUGCUUCAUUAGUCAACAGCUAUAGCAAGUGGCCUGUUCUGUUCUUUAGAGACUUUGCAGUGUCUAUGGAGAAAAUGGGACGCAUUGGUGCACUUACGGGACAACAAGGGCAAAUAAGGGCAAACUGUAGGGUUGUGAACUGA